AUGAGCAACCGAGAGAUUAAAUACAAGAAGGAUGAUACAUUGAGAUUGAGAGCCAAGUGCAAGGGAGAGUGUCUCUGGGUUUUGUAUGCUACCAAGGAGCGUUUCAAGACAACUCGGGUGAUCAAAACAUAUGUAACAGAGCAUAUAUGCUCGAUGGUGUAUAAGAAUUUUCGAGUGACUUUCACAUAUUUGGCAGAUAGAUAUUUAUCUGAUUGGAGGUCCGAACCAAAUAUGUCGGUCAACACAUUCAAGGAGAGGGUUAAAAGGGACAGUUUAGGUGAUAUAUCACUCUGGCAAGUGUAUAGAACUAAGGAGAAAGUGUUGGAGAAGAUUAGGGGGACUGUGGUGGACCAUUACAAAAUACAGUGGGAUUAUUGUGAAAAGUUGAAGCGGACUAAUAGUGGGACCACAACAUUUGUUGAGGGUUAUGCUGGAGAAUUCCGACGGUUAUAUGUUUGCCUUGGAGCUUUAAAGGAGGGUUUCAUCAGGGGAUGUAGAAGGGUGAUUGGUCUAGAUGGUUUCUUUAUAAAGAUGGAGUACGGUGGGCAGUUAUUGUCUGUAGUUGGAGUGGAUGCAAACAAUGGUAUGUAUCCAGUAGUGUAUGCAGUUGUUGAGGUGGAGAAUGGAGACAAUUGGAGGUGGUUUUUAGAGUUGCUGAAAGAUGAUUUGCAUAUACACAAUGGCAUGCACUGGACAUUCAUUUCAGAUAAGCAGAAGGGGUUGGUUAAUGCGAUUGAGUCGUUGUUUGAGAGUGUGGACACAUUUGUCACUGCAAGAGAGAAGCCCAUUCUAACUAUGCUUGAGGAGAUUAGGGUAUACUUGAUGAAGAGAAUUGUAGCUCGUAGGGAAGCAGCUGAUAGAUGGACGUCCAUCGGUCUCAACCCACUCAGACCACCUGCAUACACAAAGAAGACUGAGAGGCCAAAAAAGAAUAGAAGAAAACAAUCAAAUGAGGUGGAGUCUUCUAGUAAGGCAAAGAAGUCUAGAAUGUCUUCACAAAAUGAAACCCCUUCAGAGACAACUUCAGCAGGCAUAUCUAGUGCGAAGAAAAGAGCAGGCCAAACUCAGAGCUGUAAAAAAUGUGGAGAAUCAGGGCACAACAGUAGGAGCUGCAAAGGGGGCACCACCACCAGCAAGGAAUUAGGGAUAAUCAGAUCAUUUUUUUUGGUUUCUGUAGAAUGCAGUUUGAGACUAUCUUGA